AUGGCAGAGCUCACCAACAACCUGGCCGGCCUUCGAGGCUUGUACCAGGAUCUCUCCGCCAUCUCGGACUCUUCGCUGGGCAACAUUGACCGCCUGGUUUAUGAAUUGCAUGCCCACAUUGAAGACUUCCGAAAACUCCUAGAAAAGCCCACCAAAAACAAUACAAGUCGUCAACAAGUACUCUCAGGGAAGAUCACGGUUGCCGGUAUACCUCACGAAAUCAAUCAUGAAUUCCAGCAGGGCGCGCUACACUUGGCCGAUGCCUUAAAUCUCGACGAAUUACAUGCGGCGGAGCUAUUCUACACUGCACAGGAGGAUUCUUUGAUCUUGGAUCGGUCGCCUUUGAUCACUGCCAUUAUGCGAUUCCAUGAGCGGCGGUCUUUCCUCCUCGAAUGUUUGCGCCUCAUUUUCCGCGAAGCAAAUGAGGUGGAACGAGAGCAAACUUCAACUCUUUUGCAUGACAUUCUCUCCGAGAUCUUGGAGGUGAAGAACAACACCAUGCAGAACGCCUCUGUUUACUUAAGGAAGUGUAUGCAGAGCAUGAGCGACAUCCAGACAUGGAUACUACUUCUUGCGGAACAAACCCAGAGAGUCUCGGUCAUCGGCCAAGGAGAAGAUCGCGAUGUCAUGGAAGCCAUAGAAUACCAGCGCCGUAGUCUGCACCAACAACAUGAAUCCCUGGGCGCCAUUCUGUUCUACCUAUUUAAGGGCACGUACACAAGCGCAGAGGACUUCCGCAUCCUCAUUACACUGUUGAAGAAAUUGGAGCGCUUCGAUGGCCUAUUGAUUCAUUACAUCCCCGUUGCAAUCGCAUCUUUCGUUCAGCAUGGAUCCCCAGAGGGAUCUGGAUCACAGGAUGAGGCUCGAAGUCUGCAUACACUUGUCACCGCUGCUAAAGACGGUCAAACCUGGAAGCUACCCACCUUCCAUGCUGCUAUCAUUGCACUCUGGCUGUCAGUUUUCAGCGGGUGGUACUUUGAUGAUGGACCAUCCUCGCCCAUUGCAGGUGCUGACUUGGAAAAGGAAGCGAGGGAACGCACGAAGAUGUUUAUGACUGCCCUUGACGAUGGCGCCCUUGAUUUCAUGCUGGCCAUCUGCUCUACCAUCAACAGUGAAGAGUGGGCUGAUCCAGCACGAACUGAGCUAGUAGCGCUGCUACUCCGAGAAAGCGUCAUUACUUUACCCGAGGUCGACUCUUGCAACGACUACAUGAAGGAGCUUUUGAUGGAAAACUUUGAGGUUUAUGUGGAGUCGUGCAUUGCCAACAUGCCGGAUGCUGUUCGGUUGCUCAAGUCAGAGGAAGACACUCAGAGGUUAGAUCAAAUCACUGCUUUGAGGGAUGGCCUGACAUCGAGUCUCCACCGUGGCUUAGUUGAAGCACGAACUCACCUCGAAUCCCUCUUAAUGAUAAUUUCAUUCUCUUUUGAACAUCGGCAGGAUGCUGCACAGGAAUUCUGGGCCGAUCCCGAUGGCAAUCUUUAUGGCUUUCUCCAAUGGGCCUCUAAGCGUCAGACUGUUCCUCGAGUCAGUGCCUUCUGCGAGAUGCUCUGCUCUAUCUCUGAGGGCGAGGAAAAUGCUGCUGCCGCGCAUCGGUUCCUGUCAGAGGAGGACAAGUUUAUGGGCUCUAAAUUGAAACGGUCAACAACCAUGAACUGGAUGCAAAUGUUUGCCGAAUUGCGUCUCUAUGCCAACCGGGUGACGGAGAAGCCACAAAGUGUUACCACCCAGCAAGGGAAUAUGGUACGGGCUAGAAAGUCUGAGCCCGUGGACAUGAGUGAGCCCGAGAGCCCUGUCAUGUUGACUUGCUACCUUCGUCUCAUCGGACAUUUGUGCAAGCAAAGUGCGACUAUUCGGGAGUGGAUGUUGCAGAAUCCGAAUUUUACUGUCAUUGACACCCUUUUAAAGCUAUGCAGUGGGCCCAUCCCGUCACAUCUCAGAGCGACAACCUUUACCACGCUCUCGGCGUUGAUGGCUGACAAGACUUUUGCUUCUGGAAGUGAUAUGUGGCUUCGGGUCGAUGAGCAUUUGUCAAGCGAGCUCCUGGCCUCCUUAUGUAUUGGCAAAGUUCCUAGUGUUUCCAAGGGCGUAUGGCGCCAACAGCAGGCUUUACAGAUGAUCGGCGAAAGCUUUGACCAAACGAACGCACUCGUCGGUCUUAUCAAUUCGUUGAUCACCCCGGCCUUCGACUUGAGUGAUAAUCCUCUAUCGCUUUCUUUCCCUGAGUUAUUGGGCUCGGCUUAUCGCAUGCCAGGCGUUGAGCCUUAUAUUGACUUCAUUCUGGGACAUGCUGUCUCUCGGAAGAUCCAAGAGCUCAACGAUUAUCAGUCCAGGCUUUUAACUUAUAACUGCAUGGACUUUAUUUUAGCAUGUCUACAGAGCUUCAAUGAGGAUCUCGUUACAGUCCUCAGCCAGCCAUCACACGCUUCUGAUUCUGCAGCAACCACUAUGGCCCUUGCUACAUACGUUCGACUUCACCCUUUUGCUCGCGUCAUGGAGUGGCUUUUCAAUGAAGACGUUCUCAAAGCUUUGUUCUCCAACAGCAACAGGGAUGUCACAGAGAUCGCCCAGGAAUCGUCAAAUUCCGUUGUCGUGUCGACUCUUCUUCGUACCAUCGAGGUGAUGAAUUUGAUCCUGGAUCUACAAUCCACUUAUUUCAACAUUGUCAAGCCAAUGGUCAAGUCGAACUCUGCAGCAAAUAGGGUCAACGUUGCAAACUCGUCUCUUUCUUCUUUUGAAGAUAGUGUGUUGAAUAACCUGGGUCUUGUGUCUGCAUUGUGUCUGUAUUGCGGUACGGGACAUCAGCAACUUACUGUCACAUCCAUGACAUUGUUGGAAAAGCUUUCAAGCUCUCGCAAGCUCAACAAAAUGUCGUCUCCGGAGAUUUCUCGAUGGCAAUCAUCAAACAAAAUCGUGGAGGUCCUCGCUAGUGAAGUUGACAUUGACAGCAUAUCCCGUUCGCUUGUGGCGCAAAUGGCACCGGAUGAGAGAGAACUGGAGUGUGGGGCCGAGGCAGCUGGUUAUAUUAUUCGAGAAAGCUUACUGGCUUUAUUGAACAGCUGUCUUGGAGUGAUCACAGACCGUCCCACAGUAGCACAUCUUCUACUAGGCUUCAGCUCUGUUGGAAAUAUGCUCGAUGUGCCAUCUGAAGGCCUGUUUGCAAUGCGAUCGUCUCUUUUACAUGCCAUCAUUGGUUUCUUACGAGACUACCCCGAUGAACUGGAUGGUUCCAUUGUAUCAUGGACCGUUCAUCUCAAACGCGUUGCCUUUGAGGUUCUAAGGCACCUCUGGUCUUCGAAACUCGCAACAUACUUCACUCUUGCUGAGUUGCGGAUCGACGGGUUCUUACCGCACAUGUUCUCUGAACAAACCCUUGUCGGUCCUAACACUCCCUGGCAUGGCUGUUCGCCGGUGUCGGAUGAGUUCUGGCUGACCGAUGCUGCAUCUGCUUUGGGUGAAUAUCUGCUUUACCGAAGCCAUCUGUUUGCUUAUGCUGCGACUGAAAUUCGUGCGGUGGCCAAGGUCGGAUCACCUAGUCUUCAAGCAGACGUCCUUUCAACCCUACUUGGCGACUCUGUUCUGGAGAAUGGCGAAUCCAUUAGAACUCACUCUGUAUUUGAUCUCUUUGACUUCGCUGAUCUUGAAAUCGCUCGUGAAUUUGAGCUGCCAGAUUUGCAGCUGCUUGAUAAAAUUCCUUUGUCCGUUUGCGCUAAGACGAACGGGGAUUCAUUCGUUCUCUAUAAUAUCGCGGAGCUCGAUGAACUGGUACAAAUUGAGAAGGCAAGGAUCUUUGCCAAUGGAAUCCUCCGAUCUCAAGACGAAGAGUUAUUUCACAAGGAGGCUGAUGCAUUGAAGAUGAUUAUCCACGCGACAAAUCAAUCUCGCCAAAUCCAGCAAAACCGAUAUCUCGCUCUCCGUUCCUGGGCGGAGCUUGUCACCACCAUAGUCAGCUGCUCUGUGCUGGACGACUCGAACAGACCAACUUUCAUCCUCCACGCCAUUCAGCUCAUUCUUCCUAAGCUGGAGAUUUCUAUUGAGGGUGACUCGCCAGAGGCGAUCGAGCUAGCUCGGCUGGCAGAAACACUCAUCGGAAAACUCGCAUCUGAUCUUUCCGCGACCCCUGGAUCACAGAGCGGGGAUUUCAUCGACGAGAAGCUACACCAACUCUUCCAAGUCUCUAUGCGAGGUAUCACAUUAGCCGCAGGGAAUGUGUCGCUGAGGGAAGUUCUCUACGGAAUCUGCUCUCACUACAUCACCCGUAUCACAUCAUCUGAGUCGGUUCACGACGGCCUGCAGCGGCAUAGCCAACAAGUUAUUAAGACAGCUGGGCCUGGACUUGUCGAGAUCAUCUGUGAUGAUGCGUAUACUGGUCAAGAGGCUUGUCGAGCUGCCGCUCUACUUCUUCUGAACUGUUUGGCGGUUCUGGACAGUCGCACCGAUUGUGUUCUCGCAGAUUUGAUGUCACAGUCCAAUUAUCUCAGCCUUUUCCUAGAUGCCAUUAGGUCUUUACCCUAUGAACUACGCAAUAGCUCAGCGACCGAUACCCCCGGUCUAUUGGAAUUUUACGAAUCCCUGCUAGCUUUGCUCCAGCUUCUUUCUCAGACCAAGAAUGGUGCGAUUGUUGUCCUUAAAUCCGGUCUCUUCGAGUCCGUACGAGAGUCACAGUUGUUCACAGCUGAUCCAGACAUUGGUAUCGAUAUCGACAAUCCCGACUCUCUGCGAAAGUUCUACGAUCUCCUUCUAUCUGUGAUCCGUGUCAUCGUAUCUGCGGUCUUCUCUCGGGGUGUCCAUAAUGAGCAGAUCAAGGCACAAAGUCGGGCUUUCAUCGCCGAGAACCGGCCAUGCAUGGUCGGAGUGUUCAAACGGUUUGCCAAGAUUGGGGGUGAUACCCCAGCUGGCCACCAGGAAGCCCUGUGUGAACUUGUCAAGUCCUUUAUGGCACUUGUUACGGCCUCUGACUACCUCGAGUUUGAAGAAUCAGAGGCCCAGCAGACUGUUCGACCUGGCUUGUUCUCAUGA